UUAGGAAGUAGGAAGCUAACAGAUAUCUCGUGUCGCACGACUGUCACUGCAGAGCACAAAAGUUUACAUGAAACAUCUAACGGAGCACAACUGGUAGAAGAGUCUUCUGAAACUGCUAACAAAUAAUCUUACAAUAGUGUUGCCCCGGCCAUUUGAUAUACGUCUGGGGACAAAAGAAAGAAUACCUGUUAGACUGAAAUCCCAUCUUAAACUGGAUGCAGCUGGGAGUUCAUCGUUUUCCCACACUACUCCCGUAGCCCGGUGUGUUGCUAUCAGCCUACUGCUUGGAGCGUCAGCAUCAGGCCAGGACAGUGGCCAAACGUGAUACCGGUGGCCGGGCUGGCAGCAUGACCACGCUAACCCAUCGGAAUCGGCGGGCUGAGCCGGUGGUGGAGAGGCGGGAGGUAGAGGAUGACUUAGGGCGAGGCGCUCUCCAAGAUGAAGACGAGUGCGAUUCUAAGGAUCUCCGCCUCACCCUCAUGGAGGAGAUCCUGCUCCUGGGCCUAAAAGACAAAGAGGGCUACACGUCCUUCUGGAACGACUGCAUCUCCUCGGGCCUGCGCGGCGGCAUCCUGAUCGAGCUGGCCCUCAGGGGCCGCAUCCACCUGGAGCCAGCCACCAUGAGGAAGAGGAAGCUCCUAGACCGCAAGGUGAUUUUCAAAUCAGAAGCCCCCACAGGUGACGUGCUGCUGGAUGAGGCCCUGAAACACAUCAAAGCCACUGAGCCCCCAGAAACAGUACAGAGCUGGAUCGAGCUCCUCACAGGUGAGACCUGGAACCCCAUGAAGCUGCACUAUCAGCUGCGCAACGUGCGGGAGCGGCUAGCCAAGAACCUGGUGGAGAAGGGCAUCCUGACCACAGAGAAGCAGAACUUCCUGCUGUUCGACAUGACCACGCACCCGGUCACCAACACCACGGAGAAGCAGAGGCUGGUGCGGCGGGUCCAGGACAGCCUGCUGGACCGCUGGGUGAACGACGUGCAGCGCAUGGACCGGCGGGUGCUGGCGAUCAUCGUGCUGGCACACGCCUCGGACGUGCUGGAGAACGCGCUCACCUCCCUGUCCGACGAGAAGUACGAGGUGGCCUCCUCCCGCUCACGCGCCCUGCUGGACAGCAACCCGGACGUGGAGGGCAACAAGUCCCAGGCCUGCGAGAUGAUCUGGGCUGUCCUGGCCGCCUUCAACAAGGCCUGAGUCAGGGAGAGGGGGGCGACGCACACCACCGAGGGUCCACUUUCGGCACGUCCUCGUUCCCUGUGACUAAUUCACCCCAGCAGAGCUGUCCCCAGCCGGGGUGAGGGGUGCAGUAAGGAAAGGUGUCGGGGGAGGGGGUCUUGGAAGUCUGGAGCAUUUUGAAGCCUAUUUUCUCGUCUUAAUGUCCGGGGGGACUUCUCAGCAGGUCUUAAAAAUUGGCACGUGAAGGACUCUGGGCCUCUGACAGGAGCAUACCUUUCUUCAAAAAUGCCUAAUUCCUUCUUCUUUUUUUUUUUUUGUUUUGUCUAUUUCUGUUAGAGUUUUGACAUUAACAGUGACUGGAUCUCUGGUAGCAGUUAUGGAAAAGCAGACACUUUGUGUUUAUAUUGGAUAGCAGCUUGGGGAAAACCAUUUUCCAGCUUUGUGUCUUAAAAGAGAAGCUUUGAAAGGAAAGCAGGCAGACAGCUCGCACUCUGUGAAGUGCUUUAUGAAGGCGCAGGAUAGUUUGCUUCAUUGUUAAAAGCUAGCAUAUUUGAGUUUACUCUUUUGCCCCAAGGGACACAAUCUGAUGGGUAAUCUGUACAACAAGGCAAUAUUGGUAGUCAUUACUGUGUGUUUUUUUUUUUGUACUCUGUUCUCCUCUCUGUUUUGUAGAAAAUAUUAAUAUAU